UCGCUUUGCGCAUGCGCCCAGCUAUAGCAUUUUUUUUUUUCCAUAGUAUGUAUGUUUGCUAGCUAAAGAUACGUUGGCGUUUUUCUUCAUCGAUGGAAGUUUCUCUGUAGCGAAGCUGUUUGUUUGAGUGAGUUAGCAGACUUCCAUGUUUUUUAGAAAAAAGUUCUACUCCCGUUGAGUCGUUGGCCUGUCUCUAGAAGAAACGGACUAUGUCGACAAAUAAAACAAAGAAAGUCAAAAUGGCCACUAAAUCUUGCCCCGAAUGCGACCAACAGAUCCCUGUUGCAUGCAAGUCCUGUCCAUGUGGUUACGUGUUUAUCAGCAGAAAAUUGCUGAAUGCCAAAUUAAACGAGCGCUCUCCAGCCAUAGCAGACAAACUGGACUUUAAGCGGAGGCGGACAGAGCGCAUUCGCAGAGAAAGGAUAGACCCAUCUUUAACCAAUGACAUGGAGAACAAGAAAAGACCUCGGGCUAACAGCCAAUCAGAUCCCAUCCGUAGAGGACGUGGUCGACCAAAAACAGUGGGGCUGAAGAAACAAGAGGACGAAAAAGAGAAACAGGAAAAGGAAGUGGAUAUUUAUGCAAGUCUCUCCGAUGAAAAGGCUUUUGUGUUCUCUGUGGCAUUGGCUGAAAUCAACCGCAAGAUCCUGGGUCAGAGACUCAUCUUGUAGAGCAACACGUGGGGGAAUGAGGACUUGUUGUUGAGGAACUUUCAACUGGAGAGAAGGACGACCAAAGAGAUGAAAAAGGCUGAAGACAAACUUAAACCUCAACGGGACAAGACUCUGAAAUCGACUGGAGUGGACGCCGUUUUCAGCUUGUCAGCACCUUGAAUUUUAGUCCCAUAAUUCAUCAUUCAGAUAAAAGUUCCUGGUUUAAGAUGAAAAGAACAACAUGGAUGUUUUUAAUGGUAUGAGAGUUGUCUAAAACCAGGGAAAACAGGUUGAUAACAUCUCCAUUCUGUGCUUCACUGACGUGAAAAAACCUACACCAGUCCAAGUACUGCUGUAUCUUAAGGCCUUGAAUUAUAGCGAUGGAAAUUAAUGUAAACAAAAAGACUCAAGACAUAUUUACCCCUACUUGAAAUGUUACCUCAUGCACAUCUUUGGUUGACUUCAUACUAAGGGACCAAGAAAUAUUGGCACCCAGGUCUUGUUUUCUUAGGCUGACUACGCACAAGAUAAUUUUCAAAUUUUUAAUUUUUAAGAACCAUUAAAUUUUAUAAAUCAACUGAUCUUUAACAUUACACGCCUCUGAAUGCAAACACUAGAUUAUUCAGCCAGACCAUGAGACCACACGCCUGCUGUUUGUAGUAACAGUUUCACAGUGGGGAUUCCACAGACAUGACAUCUCACAUGGUUAAACAAACCUGGAGGACCAUCAAAGUUGUGACCUGGCCAUUCUGGUGUUUGUUUUGCAGCAGUUAGUAAAAGAAUAAAAGCCUUGCAGAGAAGACGGUUUAGUUGUGUUUAUGUUCGCAGCCAUGUUUAUCAGCUGUAAAAGUAUGCAAAAUGUUGUUGGUGAUGCUUCCCGGUUUGCUGGAAUCAUAAAUCUCAAACAUGUUUGAUAUUCAAGAUUGGCUUGUGACAAGAGGAAAUGGGCGCAAAAUCAGGCCUUCAAAACAUCUCGUGCCACCAGCCUUAUGUUACGACCCCUCUGAAUGCUUCCAAGCCGUGCAGUGACGGUUGCAAAUUGACUUUUCCAAAUUAAAGGGUCUUAAUAAUGAAGAGUGCACUCAAUAAUGUGUAUUUUCUAAACCCCUGUAAACUAAACCAUGGAUGAAUUUCACACAUUGCUGCCUUUCCACGGUGUAAGCUAGAUGUAAAGCCAUUUAAGUAGUUAUUCUUUCUCAGUCUUUGGAAUUCAUCUAUGACACAGAAACACUGGCUACUGAUCAGUAAAUAUAUUAGGCCUGUCAAAGGAUUACAAAUUGAGAAUGAUCUAAUAAUUUCUGCAAAUCGCAUUUAAUCAUGUCUUGUUUAUUACGUUUUAAAUUUCCACUCUUGUCCAUUUAGAACAGUUUUUGUGUUAUUUUGGAUUUUUCUACUGUCUUAAACUCAGAGUAGUUGACUUCCUGUUUAGAUACAGACCUGCUUUUAUAGGUAUAUCUAAGAUUUUAUCAUGAACUUCAUCAUGGAAAAAGGAAAUUGCUAUGGAUUGAAAAGGACAUUAGGGGGCAGUAAAAAGGUAAAUGCUGGAUGAGUUCUGGCUGGUCCACUGAGCUGUCCACGACUUUUUUAAAAUGAAACGAGUCAUUAAGUAGCAGUGGUGGAAUUGUUUUACUGUGGCUGCAGGGAGACACUGAUGUGUGAACCAAAGUGAAUAAAAGGGACAAUAAAGCAUGCGAUUAAUCUUGA